AGAGGGGCUACCUCAUCAGUUGUGUCGUCUAGUUGGCAGUUCACUUCCACUUGCCUACCGUCUCCAGACCCUGCUAUAUCGGGUCGAGUUUGCAAAAGAGUUUUAUUUAAUUUAUUGUUGCCGCCCGUGUUAAAUUAAGUAAACUUUUUCAAGAUGAUGCCCGCACUUGCAGACCCAGUGGCUUUCGCCAAGGAUUUCGCCGCAGGUGGUAUUUCUGCUGCAGUCUCUAAGACUGUGGUAGCACCCAUCGAACGUGUCAAAUUGCUCCUGCAAGUACAACACAUUUCCAAACAAAUUGCUGAGGAUAAACGUUACAAAGGUAUCAUCGAUUGCUUUGUACGUAUCCCUAAGGAGCAGGGCGUACUUUCCUUCUGGCGUGGUAACUUGGCCAAUGUCAUUCGUUAUUUCCCAACUCAGGCUUUGAACUUUGCAUUCAAAGACAAGUACAAGCAAGUUUUCUUGGGUGGAGUUGACAAGAAGACCCAAUUCUGGCGUUACUUCGCAGGAAACUUGGCAUCUGGUGGUGCUGCUGGAGCCACAUCAUUGUGCUUCGUCUACCCACUUGAUUUUGCCCGUACCAGAUUGGCCGCUGAUGUAGGUAAAGGCGCUGGUCAACGUGAAUUCUCUGGAUUGGGCAACUGCUUGACCAAAAUCUUCAAGUCUGAUGGUCUCCCUGGAUUGUACCGUGGUUUUGGAGUAUCUGUUCAAGGUAUCAUCAUCUACCGUGCAGCAUACUUUGGAUUCUAUGACACCGCUCGUGGAAUGUUGCCAGACCCCAAGAACACCCCAUUAGUUAUCAGCUGGGCCAUUGCACAAGCCGUCACAACUGUUGCUGGUAUUGUGUCAUAUCCAUUCGACACUGUCCGUAGGCGUAUGAUGAUGCAGUCUGGACGUGCAAAGUCUGAAAUGUUGUACAAGGGAACACUGCACUGCUGGGCCACCAUUGCCAAGACAGAAGGAAGUGGUGCCUUCUUCAAGGGAGCUUUCUCCAAUAUCCUCCGUGGUACUGGUGGAGCUUUCGUUUUGGUCUUGUACGAUGAAAUCAAGAAAUUGUUGUAAAUUAAGCAAUAAACAACCAUAACAAAAAAAGAGAAAAAUCUAAAAACAAUUUAAAUUAGCAAAACCAAGUGUAUUUGAAUUUCAUUUUUGCACAAGUUACCUUUUUGUAUUAAAAUAUAUGUAUAUUUAUGAAUAUGUAUUUCUUGUAUUUUAGGUUAAAUUCGUUAUAGAAUAAUUUGGAAAUACAUAUUCAUAAUGCUAAAGUAUUAAAUUGGCUUUUUUCCAUUAAAAUCCUAUUUAACAUUAUACAUAUAUUUUAUUGUCAAAUGUGAGGCGGUAUGGAAUCACGGGUGGCUGCUUUCUGAGUAGUCGAACCUUUUAGGCAAAAAUUGUGUAGAUCAAACUCAGUUCUACAAUCUUGAGCUCAUCCACAUUCUCAGAACAUCCAUGUAUUUAAGUUAACUUAUUGUAUUUAACAGUUUUUGAGGAAAUACUGUAAAUAUGUUUAAGAUAAAUACGAGUAAAAUUGUCGAAUUAUGAUUUUUAUUUAUAUUUAUUUGAAUAAAAUACAAAUGUUGGAAAGCUUAGAGUUGUAUGGACCGGA